GCCGGCGGAUGGCGGCGGCCGGCGCCGCUCCCGCUCCGCAUCGGCUCGGCCCGCAGCGCGCCCGCCCGGCCCGGUAGCGCCGCGCCCUCCCGGGCUAUCCGCCGGGAGCGGAGCCGCGCCGAGGGCCGGGCGGGGCGGCAUGCGGGAGGCCUGAGGGGGCCGGGGCGGCGAGGAGCGAGCCAUGGGCGAGCGGCGGGGCGGCGGGACCGGUUGGAAUCCGGAGUCGGAAGAGUCGAGUUCUCUAUUGCAGAAAGCGGUUUCGGUGCUGCAGAGCUCCUACUUGGACUCCACAUCUCAGGAUGGGUUUCUCUACAGCCAAGCAAUCCUGGUGGAAAAUGAUGUUUUCCUAAGGGAGCUCAAAGCUUUUGCCCAAGCAAAGGAAGCUGCUGGGUACAGCCAGGAGGAGCUGGAGGAGACCUUUGCCUUUCUCCUGUUUGAUAAUGAAGCAGAGGCAAAAGAAGUGUGUCAGACAGGCCUGCGUGUGAACAGCAGCUCCAUUUCCAUACUUGGUGACCCAGCCAAAGGGGUUUAUAUAUCCAAGCAUGCAGACUGUCUCCAUCCAAGACCCUGGUAUCAUGGAAAAUCAGGCUAUAUUGUCAUUUGUAAGCUGAUUAAGGGGAAGGUGAAGGUGAUCUCUGAGAAUUACACAACCAGCUAUACCUGCCCAUCUCCCGGCUAUGACUGCCACGUUGGCAUGAGCAGAAGCAACCUACCAUCAAAGACCAGUCACUGCCUGGCCUUUGAGCAGAGCCAGUACUACGUGUAUGAAGUGUCUGGUGGCAGCACUGCAGAGCGGCCCAGGCAGAUCUGCCCCUACAUCAUCAUCACCUGCCAGUACAGGGAGCCGAAGGAAAUGCCUGUCUUGGCCAUAGAGAGCCUACCUGAGCUUAACCGCAAAGCAUUGUAUUGUCCCUGGAGGGGGCAGCUCUCCAUCCGGGGCCAACGUCUUUGCAGCAUCGCCCUGAGGACCCCACACAGCUCCAAGAUCCCAGCCCAGCUGCCUCCCAGCCUGGACAUUAACCAUGUCAUGGAUUUGUCUGACUUGAAGAAAAAGCUACCAGAGGCUGCCUUUGAGAAAAGAAAUUACACUGGGAAUGAAGUUUGCUUUCAGGGUGUUUAUUUCAGCCUGUAUGAAGUAGAAAUAUCAAAUAAGGAGCAAUAUAAAAUGGAUCAUUUAAUAGAAAAUCUGAAGGAAAAGGACUUGGCAAUCAUCAAAUAUUUACAAGAUCAAGGAUUCCUUAUCCUCCUCACGCCCUCUGCCUUGGCACGAGAUGAUGGAUUUGACCCCAAGGAGCCUGGCAGCCUCCUGGCCCUGUUCCUGUUCACCUCCUCCCAGUCAAUGGGACUGAACGCUGCAAAGCACCAGCCAAGAGGUGAAAGGGAGCAGAGUGACAUCUCACUGAGAGUAGCCUCCGUUUUGCCUGGCCUCCACUAUGCCUUACAGAAAGCCACCAGUUCUUCAGGGCAGGACACAGUCAGUCCCAGCACAUGGAUCAAACACCACUUCCAGGAGUAUGCAAAGCUUGACCAAAACACAGGGUCCUCCUCUGGCCAAAGCAGUGAAGUUCCCUUUUCUUCUGCCCUCUCCCUAACUGAGGAUGAAUGUACAAAUCCCCUCAAGAAGUGCUCAGAGGAGUCCUUCUCCCAGCUGCAGAGUUACCUCUCUGAUUCCAGCAGCUACACUCUGCCAUUGGCAACAGCUUUAGGAUGUUUGCCUGGUGCUGCUCAGUCUCUUUGCUGUGAUUCAGAGGCUGCUGAUGAACCAGACUUAUCUUCAGCUCUGCCACCAGACCUGAUUCUCUUCAACACAACAGGAGAAAAAGAAGUCAGAAGUGAAGACCCACAUCCCACCCUGGGGCUGGACCAGGUUGGUGAAGAGCCUGCAGAAGGUGUUGACUUAACCAGCAAGCUCUCGGUGCAGAGUAGCAGGAAGAAACCCAAGAGAGAGAUUGCAAACAGCACCAGGGAUGAAUUGCCACCACCAGAGAAGCAAAUGGGGCAUAGCAGCAGCAACAGGAAAGCAGCCAAUAAGAUCAACCUUGCUUUAUCUUCUGAGAAGCCAGGAUCUGCAGACAAGUCCGAUGAGCCCACACUUGAAUUAGCCAACUUGCAGUUGCCACAGAGAAGGAAAAGAGGUGCAGAGGUCCUGUCUGCAGAAUUCAUGCAGCAAACACAGUCUGGAGCUGUUCAGAAGGAAACCCCAGCUCCUGAUGCUUCUGCCUUGGAAACCAAGAGACCAAGGCUACUGAGGAAGCCAGAGGAGAAGAAGGUUCCUGUUGCUGAGAGCACCAGAAAGCCAGUGAAGAGGCAGAUAUUAAAACCUGUGGCUAAAAGCUCCUCGAAACCCAAAGCCAACAAGCAAGCAGAAAGUGAGCACCAGGAGCUGCCCUCUGUCCUCCCAGGAGAAGCUUCUUCCCAGUGUCAUGGAGAUGACAGCAAAAUGGGUGAGGUUUGCCCAGAUGGACUUGGUGAUCCUGGUCUCAACCUGAAGAGGAACAGGUACGAGCCCCAUGCCUUGAACUUGCUGGCUGACCUGGCUCUGGGUUCCUGUAGUCCUUUGGUUAUCCCAGCAGACAAUGAGGUGGCAGCUGAGUCCUGCAGCCACUCCAGUGACUCUCCAGAGGAGCAGCAAAGCCACCACAAGCACAAAUCCUCAUGUGUUGCUUCUGAUCAUGAAUACCACAGGGUGACAAGGCUCGCAGAGGGAGACACCUCUCCUAGCAAGGUCGUGCCAAACCAGAAGCAGCAUCCUGCGGAAAACAAAGUCUUAAAUGACUUGGCCUCUAGUCCCAGGGAGAAAAACUCUACGGUUUCCUGUAUGAGUAACAGAUUGAGGCCCAGGCCACCAAAACCCCAUGUGUUGCCUCCAAAAAAGACUCCAAAGGCUCCCAAGGUGAACAAGGUGAACAAUAACACCUUAAUCUCUGCUGAGCACUCAUACGCCUCACAGAUGCCUGAGAACUCAAAGAAACCCGUGAAUCCCAAAGGUACAUCCAACCCUGCACCAGCAUCCGCCAGGAGCAACCGAGCAAGGCCCCUGGUUGGGAAGGUGCUGCCCUUCAGGCACCAGCAGAGCAGCAGCCACCCACAGGCCAUAGCCAUGAGGCACAGGAACAGGGUGAAGGAAGACUUUGCCAAGAGACACAAAGUGAAGAUCUGUGAUGAGUCCAUAAUGGUGACGUGCCACUGGAAUGCACCGUAUCUUUUCCACUUGGACAGCAGAUACACCAAUGAUGCCCUGGAGAAGACAGUUGUUCGUGGCCUGCAUGGGCCCUGGAACUCUCGUCAGCCUGAUGAUGUGCAGGAGCUGAAGCUGAUACUCCACAUGUGGGUGGCUCUCUUCUAUAGCAAGCCCAGCCUGCUGAGCAGCACGAGGGUGGUGGUGGAGCACAGCGACCCCAAGAAGUAUGUCUCAAUAAAGACCACUUGGGACUUCCUUGACUUCAGUGAUGAUGGUGAGGACUAUUUUGGGUUGGAGAAGUGCCCUGCAGACAGUCGCUCGGACCCUGUCCAGACUCCCAGCAGCUCUGUGGAUCACACCACACGUAACCAGGGUCACUUCCACUCUGCAGACUCUCAGACUGAUGCUGGUGGGACUCCUGCUGUUGUUGAUAACACAGUGUCAUCUUCAGGAGAGGUGCCCUGUGGGGAGGAGGAGCCUUCCUCCACAAGCUGUCCUGAACGUGCUGAUGAGAAAGACAAAGAGCCUGCAGCCAUUGCUGAGGAGCAUGGGCAUGACAUCCCAACCAUCACUAAGGAGAAGCCACCCAAGGAGGGAAGGAUGAAGGAUGUUACAACCACCCCCAGCCCUGCUUAUGAGCUCAGUGAUACUAGCAAGCCCCCAGCUGUGCUGGGCAAGGAAAACCCCUUCAGCCAAGCCCCAGAUCCCAGUUCAGCUCCUUGGAGAGAUGCCCCAUGCACACUGCAUGGACAAGGAGAGCAGCAGGAGAGUGGAUGGACAGCAGGGUCAGGGAAUGGCCCCGGCCCUCCCGAGAACACAGAGAGCAUUGCAGACACUGAGCACUGUAUGGAGAUUGAGGACAGUGGCUGGGCCACCAGUGAUGGGCCACAACAGGCCUCUGGUUGGCUCUUCUUAGAAGCAAGUCCUACAACUGCAAAGCCUGGUGAAGCCAGGAGGGAAGGGAGGGAAUCACAGAACCUCUUUGGAUGUUCAGAGGAAGAGGUGGAAGAGGUAGAAGACGAGAAGGAGGACUGUGAAUAUGAGAGCACAGCCCUGGAGCCUGGCUUUUUGGCAUUCUCUGCAAGCAGUGAUGACAGCAUGGACUAUGACCACAACAAGCAGAACCCAGUGCAUCCAGCAUGGCCACAGGGCUCUGGUGUCCCUGUGCCCAGCCCUCCUGCCUUAGCAUCCCCUUGCCCAGGCAGAUUAAUGCCAGAGCUGUCAGAUGGGACUGGGACUGGCCCUCAAAGGCUUCCUGGUGGGGUGGCACCAAGCCUGAACAUGCUGGAAGAGGCUUUGGCCACCCCAGAUGCAGAGGUGAAGGGUGUUGGCCUGGCACACACAGGCAGUGCAGCUGAUGGGGGGUCACCCUGUGACAGCAGGUUGUUGCCUCCAUCACCAUCUGACCCAAGCUUGGUUGGUGAGACACAGCCAGACAAGAACUGUGCACCCUGUGCAGCAGGGUGGGAAUCUGCUGGGAGCAGGGCUGGGUCACCGAGCAGCCAGGACCUGUCAAUGGCCUUGUCCCCUGACUCCAGCUCUGUCUGCCUGAUACCUCCUGACAGAGCAGCAGGUCCUGGGGCUGCUCCAGAGGAGCAGGACACCUUGGGGAACAUCCGGUCCCCAUCACAGAGCAGUGUGGGAGGGGGCAGCGGCCUUUCCCAAGGGUUUGGAGGUGAUGCUGAUGCUGAGCUCCCUUUGCUGAGCACUGGUGAAACAAAGCAAGAAGGGAACAAGGAUUUGGUGGAAGAAGAGAGGAACAUCCCUUCUGCCAACGGCACGGAUGUGCUGGAGUCCUCAGGAGCAAGUGAUGGCCAGGACUUUGCUUACACAGCCUUUGCAGAUGGCUCUGAAGCUGGGGACAGUGAUGAUGUGUGCCUCGGGGCAAAGGAGUACUCCAGGAGCAACAAAAGCAGCACAGUGAUGGUGGCUCACAAACUACAGGAGCCAGAGCCCUCUCUUCAUCCCCUCCUGGAACCAGAACCUUCCUUCUCAAUGCAGGAAGGGAUGUCAGCCAUGGAGAAGCACCCCAAGCAGCAGCAGAGAAACCCAAAUGGGCUGUCCUCACCUGCCCAUGAUUCCCCUCCUGCUUCUCCAUCCCAUGGUGAACACACAGAUCCCCACCACUGCCUGUUAGAGCAAAGGGAGUGGUGGCCAGUCCCGUGCCAGCAAAAGGGGUCCUGUGGGCAAGUACAUGCUGCAGAGGUGAGUGUGGCUGCUGGGAGCUUAAAUGGCUACUUAGAACCCAGAUGUGUGGAAGAGGUGGGAAAAGGCACAGGCACCUGCCAUGCAGAGCCAGCAGAGAGCUCCCCCAUGGAUGUGCCUGGUGACCUGGGAUUGAUGCCUCCUGCUCCUCCACAUGGACACAAAGCAGGUCUGCACAGCACUGAGCCACACUCGGUGCUCAGAGAGCACCCCAGGGUGCUGUCUCCAGCUUCAGAUGCUGCCCCAUGGUCCUGCUGCAUGGAUACCAGCCCUGGGGCCCAAGCAGCAGAUGCAGCAAGCAGCCACAAGGCGGAACCCAUCCUGCCUGAGGGCUUGGAAGGAGGAAGCAGCUUCCCUCUUGCUGGGUCUGCAUCAUCUUCAUCAGGGGAGUUGCUGAUGCCUCUGUCUGAGCUCCAGUCUGUGUGUAAGCAAGGGGAGCAGGAGGCUCAGGGAGCUGACGGGCUUCCUGAGCUGCACCAGGCCAGCACAGAGGUGGAAGACACAGAAAUCCACACUCCCCCCUUCCCAGUGUUGUCAUUGCAUGCACAAAGGGUGCUCUCUGCAGGAAGGCUGGAGCUGGCUGAUGCUGAUGGUGUCUCAGAUGGGCUCCUGGGGUCCAAGGAGCUCCCCAGCAAAGACACACACAUGGAUUCAACCUUUGAGGCUUCCUCCAGCGACUCCAGCCAGGAGGAGACUUCAUGGUCCCUGCUCACAGCCAGAGCUUCCUACAGCAGAUCCAUGGAUGCUGCAGGCACAAGGACUAACUGUGGCUCGUCCCCUGGGAGCCCAGUGUGCUCAGAGGGGGGCAGUGAGGACUGGGGCUCACUGGACGUGGAGGGGAGCCCAUGCUCAUGGGCUGAGCAUGGCUGGACCAUCAGCCCAGGGGACACCAGCAACGAGCUCAUCCCUCCACAUGUCACUAUUAGGGACAAGCAGGGGAUUGCCAAGCAGUGCAGGAACUUGGUGGUCACCAAGAAGUGCCAGGAGCCUCAGAAGAGGCAUAGACACUGUAUGGGGCAGUCCCAUUUGUUACGGUCACUAUGGGGGACUUGGAGGGGGUUUGAGGGAAUCACACAGGACACUUUGGACAUGGAGUGUCUCCGUUUCUAUGAUAAGCUAAAACACAUCCUGAGGAGUGGGAAACCACCUUUUUCUACCUCCAAAAGCAUCUUCCCAAAAGACUUUUGUCCCCAGGUGAUGUCUGAGACAUCUCCUGCACCAGAAGCUCCCAUCCCACGGAGCAGGAGCCCUUUGCAGGUGACAAUCCUGCCCUGGGACACAUGGCCGAGUGGGCUUGACUGGCAUGGGGGUCCCCAGCAUGGGGACCAGUGCACCCCGUGGCAGGACACCCUCUGUGACAAGAGGAGCAGAGCCCAAAACACGAGCCAGGGCUUCCACCUCAGCAAGCUCAAGUACGACCACAAGCUCCAGGACACAGAGGGGGAGGUUGCCAUCAUCUUUGAUGAGUUCAGGAGGGUGAUGCUGAGGACGGCUGGGGCAGGGACACAGGGCCAAGAGGAUGUCCCAGUGGGUAUGGGGGACACAAGUGAAUGGGCUUGUGCAUCCCUCGCCGGGAGGAUGGAGACCUUCGAGGAGAUGAUCACUGACCUGUGCAGCUCGCUGCGGUCCCACCUCUGCAGCGUGGCCAAGGAGGCCUGUGGCCACAAUGGAUCGUUCUACGUGGUGGAGACGGGCGAGGAGCCGUUCUUUGCAAGGUUGAAGACCUUGCUGAGGAAGCUGGGACACGUGGAGACCGAACCCCUGAGCUUCUGCCAAGCAAAGUGUCCGGACACUGAUCGGCUGCUUGUGGUCAUCAGGAACGAGGAUGUCUCCUCUCACAUCCACAACGUCCCCUGCUUGCUGCAGCUGAAGCACCGUCCCAACGUGGUGUUUGCUGGAGUGGACAGCCCUGAAGAUGUACCAGGUCACACGUACCAGGAGCUGUUUCAUUCUGGUGGCUUCGUGGUGUCAGAUGAUGGCUUGUUGGAAACGGUGACACUGGGCCAACUGAAGGAGGUGGUGAACGUGCUGGAGAAGCUCAACAGAAGCGGGAGGUGGAAGUGGCUCCUUCACUACAAGGAGAGCAAGAAGCUCAGAGAAGACAUCAGGGUGGACCCCAAUGCCCACAAGAAGCAUUUGAUCCUCAGAACGUGCCAAGGAGCUGAUCUCAUGGAGGUGCUGCACUACCACACGUGUGACUCGGUGUCACCCCCCAGCUCUGAGCACGUCAAGUGCUUGUUGAACCUGCAGGUUCAGCACAUCAGCGCCAGGUUCGCUGUGUACCUCACAGAAACACCUGGUGUCAGCAGGGAGGUCCUUGAAAGCAAAGGGAUCCUGGUAGCUGAUGUCAACACUUUCCUUGGGAAGGUGCAGAAAGUGGCUGCUCCGUUUAGAAGAAGCUACUGGUGACGAAGCGAAGCCAGUUUGAGCAUCCUGGUAUGGCACCAGUUUGAGCACCCUGGUAUGGCACC